AUGUAUAUUAUACAGUCCACCGCCAAAGCCUACAAUAUCCUUUUUGCAAUUACACCAUAUACUCGUGCAGGCGGCGGUAAAGGAUUAAGAGCAGCCGCUCCGGAGCAGAAUUUAUAUACGCCCGCCGAGCCUCCUCUGUCCCCGCCUAGGCGACUAAAUGAAGGCAUACGAGGACCGGAUGACCGCGGUAAUCCGCCGCCGCCGCAAACUUUUUUCCGGUCGACCUUUGCGCGCACGGUUCGACCGUUACAAUAA